GGCGGCGUCUUGGCUUCCGGGCGGGUUGUCAGCGGGUCCGGCGCCGCGGCUACGCUCGCCUAGGUGGUGGGCGGGGAGGGAAGGAAGGGAGCGGGCGAGAGGCGGCGGCGGCGGCGGCGGCGGCGGCGGGGGAGGAACUUGUUGCGCUCGCGGCUGCGCGGUGCCGCUCCCUCCGCUCCAGUUCGCCCUGGCGGGCGCGGUGGCCGCGACGGCGACGGAGACGGCAGAGCGCGGCCGCGGCGAUGCGGCGCUACCUGCGCAUCGUGGUGCUGUGUCUGGCCUGCGGCUUCUGUUCGCUCCUUUAUGCUUUCAGCCAGCUCGCCGUGUCCCUUGAGGAAGGAGCGGGCGACGGUGGCGGGAAGCCACAGGCCGCAGUGGCUUCCUGGCUAGCGGGCGGCGGACGCAGCACCCUGAGAGGCGCGGGCCCCGUGGCGCAUCCCGGCGGGUCGGACAGGUGUAAAGAUUUCUCUCUGUGUUACUGGAAUCCCUAUUGGAUGCUGCCCUCUGAUGUUUGUGGAAUGAACUGCUUUUGGGAAGCGGCUUUUAGGUAUAAUCUGAAAAUACAGCCUGUUGAGAAAAUUCAUCUAGCUGUAGUUGCCUGUGGUGAAAGACUGGAAGAAACUAUGACCAUGUUGAAGUCAGCUAUUAUUUUCAGCAUCAGACCUCUUCAAUUCCAUAUUUUUGCUGAAGAUCAGCUACAUCACAGCUUUAAAGGCAGACUUGACAGCUGGUCAUUUCUACAAACAUUUAAUUAUACGUUGUACCCCAUAACCUUUCCAAGUGAGAAUGCAGCAGAAUGGAAAAAACUGUUUAAACCAUGUGCUUCGCAGAGAUUGUUCUUGCCAUUAAUCCUGAAAGAAGUUGACUCACUAUUGUAUGUCGACACUGAUAUCCUUUUUUUACGACCAGUUGAUGAUAUUUGGUCUUUCCUAAAGAAAUUUAAUUCUACACAAAUUGCUGCAAUGGCACCAGAACAUGAGGAACCUCGAAUAGGAUGGUAUAAUCGCUUUGCUAGGCAUCCAUACUAUGGAAAAACUGGAGUAAAUUCUGGAGUUAUGUUGAUGAACAUGACUCGAAUGAGAAGGAAAUAUUUCAAGAAUGAUAUGACAACUGUACGACUACAAUGGGGAGAUAUACUUAUGCCAUUGCUUAAAAAAUACAAACUAAACAUCACAUGGGGUGAUCAAGAUCUAUUGAAUAUCAUGUUUUCUCAUAAUCCAGAAAGCCUUUUUGUUUUUCCGUGUCAAUGGAAUUAUCGACCAGAUCAUUGUAUAUAUGGAAGCAAUUGCCAAGAAGCAGAAGAAGAUGGAAUUUUUAUUCUUCAUGGGAACAGAGGUGUUUACCAUGAUGAUAAGCAACCAGCAUUUAGAGCUGUUUAUGAAGCACUGAGAAAUUGUUCUUUUGAAGAUGACAACAUCCGUUCCUUGUUAAAACCUUUAGAACUGGAACUACAAAAAACAGUGCAUACAUACUGUGGAAAAAUUUACAAAAUAUUUAUCAAACAGCUGGCAAAAAGCGUGAGAGAUCGUUAUGCCAGAUCACCAAAGGAAAAGUGAUUCUUAGUGACUGCUAAAUCAAAGGGAUGAAAACAACAAAGAAUCAGAGGAUAAGUGUGAAGGAAUCAUCUUGGAUGAAGUAUUCAGGAAGGAAUUAUUCAUCUCCAGAAUAAUUUUUUUUCCUAAAGAAGUUAAAUAAGCAGUAUUUUCAGGUAAUGAAGAAUAAGUUAAUAUCUUAGAUUCCAACAAAGAAACAUUUUUGAUCUCUGAUGUUCUGUAAUGUUACUAUCAUUCCAGUAUGGUUUUAGCCUGCAGACUUCUGUUGACUCAUACUCUCAAGUAAGAGUGGUAGGAUUGUGUAGAUGGAGAAAAUGUACCUCAGUGCACUCAGACUGUGAGUAGAGCAAUAAUUUUAUGUCAGCACUAACCUCACUUUAAAUGUGUGAGAAAAAAGUUUGUUUACAGGAGCAGAAACAGUUCUGUUUCUAAAGAAAUGUGAUGUAACUGAUGUAACCAUUGACAAUCUAUGUGUGCCUUUAUACAUUUCAUCUCUGUUUUAAAAUAUUUUUAUGACAAUCAUGUUUAAAAUUAUUUUUAGAUUAUAAGUAAGCUGCAUGUUAAAAAUUGAGCUGUGUAAGAAAGAGGGAAAAUAGUGAAAACUUCGGAGUUUUAAUCUGUGUGUGUAUAUGAGAGAGAGAGAAAGAAAAAGAGAGAGAGAGAGAGAGAGAGAGAGAGAGAGAGAGAGAGAGAGAGAGAGAGAGAAAUGUAGUCUUUUGUUUGUAUGCAUUAAACUGUCUUGCCAAAACUCAAAUUUAAGAUUAAGUAGAUAUUUGCAGAAAUUUUUCUUUAUCAUUUUAAAUGAAAAAUGUCAGCUUUACUGGGCAUUCUGGAAGCAAAAUAUAUUAUGCUCAUCAUCAGGUGAGAACCUUAAGAGUAUACUCAUGAUGGUGGAAAAUGUGAUGUACCAAAAUGCAUAAGCUGUAUACUUCCCGUGAGUAGUAAUUUCAGUUACAAUGAAGUUGAAAAAUGUGGUCCAUUUAGUUUUCUUCUAUCUCAUAAUGGCUUUGCAAGAUACUUUUGAAGAAGCAAAUGUCUAGAGCCUUACUUUAAGUACGUUAAACAACUUUGGUGGGUGAUUUGGAUUAAGAUUGUUAUAUCCAGCUAUAGAAAAUGUGGUUUUAAUUGAGUUAAUGUGCAUAUUUUCCUUUUUUGAAUAUCACUUAAGACAGUUAAUUUUUUUAAAUCUUGAAGAUGAGAAAAAUACUGCUUUUUGGCAUUCUUGACCAGUUAUCUAAUAUAACUAUAGAUUCUGAAUACUUAUCAUAUACUGUGCUGGGGCACAUAUCUUAUUUUACCAACAGCUUUAUGGUUAUCUCCUUUUUCUGUCUGAUAUUUUAAUGCUCAAGUAGAAAAUGGAAAAUUAUGAAGAAAAAAUAUGACCUGUGAAAAUUGUGGCAGUUAGCUUUGUGAAGACACUGUGACCUCUAUGGAGACAUGGAAUAUGCAGAAAGAGAUGGUUAGUACAGUUGUUCUAUCUUCUGCAGUUCAGUCAGGGACAGAUUGAGAGAGGAAAGUUUAAGCAAGAUACAUUAAAUGUUGAUAACCAGCCUAGCAUUCUUAGAACAGAUGGAUUUAGAGAACACAAGUUGUAGUUCCUUGGCAGAAUCCCAUGGUGGAUAUAAGAAACUGUGAACUGUGUUGAAAUUGAGCUUACUAAAUAGAAAAUGAGAAUACCAAAAACUUGAAGUUUGGAAGAGUAUGUAUUAGAUCAUUUCUAAUGGUCCCCAAAUAGGAUCACUGCCUGUCUGACUAUAUAAGACUUGUGUUGGGAGCUUAAGAAUAGAUGCCUAAGCUUAGGCCCUUGGAGACUCUGGCAUGCUGUGUCUAGGAUGGAGUCUGCAAAAAAAAUUUUAGUGAAGAGAUUUAAAAAUUAUACAAAACCAGUGCAUUGGUAUUCAACUUCCAGAUAUGACACCUAACCCUAACAACCCCAUGCUUGCUUCAUCUGUCACUUUUUUCUUUGCUUAAGUAUCGUAAAGAAAAUCCCAGACAUCAUGUUAUUUCACUGCUAUGAACACUUUGGGUAGGUACCAUGAAUCACACAGUCCUUUGGCUUCAUCUCAUAGCCAGUCCUCAAUCAGAGUUCCCUGAUUAUCUCAAAUAUGCCGUCUUCUAGUUGGUUUGUUAGAAUCAGGGCAGAGAAUAUAAGUCACAUGAUGAUUUUGUUUUUAACAAUUACCUCAGAUGACUUAGAUGUUAGCUACUUUGGGAACCACUGGAAAUUAUUUUGCCAACUUGAAAGUUGAAGUUAGGGUGCCACAAUUCUUGGCACAGUUGGUGGAUUAUAAAUGCAAUUUUGAAAUAUUAUAUUAGAGGAAGCAUUUGGGGUUAUUGACAAGAUAUGAAUGUAUAUUAGUAAGUUCUUUAAGAUUUAAUUUCCUCAGUGAAUGGGGAAUCUCAGCCUCAUGGGCUCUAAUUGAUUGGGACUGUGUAGAGCAUGGUCGUAGUUUAAUCUACCUGGACCAUAUGCUGUUGUCUCACUUGUGUUGUGGCUUAUUUACACUGAGACACACACUACAUUGUGGAUCAGUUGGAAGGUUCUUCAGCUGGUUUAUUUAGACCUGACCUAAUUGAUGAUUUUACCAUAAAUUGAACUAUAGUAAAAGUUUUCUCUUAGGUACUGUUUCUACCUAAAAUUAAAGAUAUCAAAAAAUAUCUAUAAUAAUUUUUAAAUGAAUUUUCUGAAUUUCUCUUUAGACAAGGUAACUCUUCUUUUGAAUUCUAAAGAAAUGAAGUUCUUGGAGUUGAUGAGAGAUUAACUUAUAGAUGGAAAACUUAGAGAAUAUAUUCUAUUUUCAUAUAAAUGGUCUUUCAUAAAACAUAGUGUACCUGUGCAGUUUAUAUAAAUUACAUGAUUUAUUAUUUGAGUCUAUGUAUUAAUUCUGACCUCAGAACUAUCUCUGGGCUACAGGAUUACCAAAGUGGGAUGCCUUUAAAGUGCAGUCAAACUUCAUUUUUAUGAAGUAGAAAAGAACUUGGGAAACCUUUAAGAAUAUAUAUUGUGAUUUACACUUUGAGAAAAUGUAUACUUUUCUUAUGAAGAGUAGUUCAUAAUAGAUAAGGGUUAUAAAGCCCUGAAAUAUUAGUGCUUCCUCAUUGCUCUCUUAUCUUGCUUCCAGUCAGACAUUAUUGGUAUAGUGAAAAGAAGACCAGCUUGUGAACUAGAUCUGGAUUCUCUUCUUAGUUAGUAACUCAGGCAUGUUAUUUAACCUUCUCUGUGCCUUAGGGUUUUUAAGUACAAUCAGCAUAUACCCUUCGAACCCCAAAAGAUGAGACUCAGAAGAGAUAAGGGAUUUGGAAGCAUUCUGCAUGGCUUACAUUAUGCCACACCAAUGUUACUUUUGAAGUUCUGUUUUGCUCUGUUGUUUUCUGUACAGAGCAUUCAGUUUACUCAGGCUGAAUAUUUUCUGACAUAUAUCUCUCCAGUAUGAAUUUGUUUAUUUUAUGUAAGGAAGAGUUUUUUGGGAAGAGAAAGUAGAGAAGAAAAGAAUGAUGUAACUAAAUCAAAAGAGAAGGAAAAGAGAGGAAGUGAGAAAAGGGGAGAGGAAAGAGAAAGAAAUAAGAAUGGGAAUGGCAAAGGGCAGAGUAAGAGAAAAGAUGGAAUGAUUGUGUGGAAAAUUGAGAAGUAGAGAGAAAUGGUGUGGAAACAUUUACUUUUUGAGUUGUAGCCCUUAUGCUCCAUCACUGUAGGCUCUCUGGGGUCGGGAAAGGUGCUGACUUUCAUGGAAUGGGGCAGCAGGGCCUGCUGUAUUUGGUUUGUUGGUACUAGAGUUGUUUCCCAGUCACCUACUCACUGAUCAUUUAGUGCCAAUUCAACGGUCUAUUUAUUUAUUUUUUUACUGGAUCCAAGUUUGUGAGAUAGGUCCUGUGGAAACACAAGUGUCUUCCUUUUUAACUUUAUCCUUUUAGCCAUCCCAGGUGUUAGACUGCAAGACUAACCACAUAUUCCCCAGCAGAGGUUGGAAGUGGAGGGGACUGCUCCCAGUAGUGUAUUGUAGCAGUUUUCCCAGAUGAUACUGAUGAGAGGCCAGGUUUGGGCGUAGGAUGGCAAAUGAAACAACAGAUGACACCUGUUUAUUCCUCAGUCGGAAUACUUUCAGUUGAACCAUUCUGGGUAGAUUUAAGAGAACAAAAGACAGCAGAAAUACCUGCAAAGAUAUUAUUCAUUGUCUUAUUUUUCAGAUGUUUGUAUUUAAGUAAUACCUUAGUAAUAAUCAGAACUUCUUUGAGAUGUUUUUAGAAAGACCACUGAUUUGUUUUUUAAAAUAAAUUUUCUGGUUCCUUAGAGUAGAGAAGAAAAGUAGGGGUGCAAUAUGUCAGGUGUGGGGCCAAUUCCCAUUUGUUAAAUGCAAUUUCAGAUGUCUUAAAAUAAUAAUUGCCUUAUUGCAUUUUAAUAUUUAAUAAAAGUAGAUUAAAUAAUGAUUUGUAUUAUAACAGUUAUUCUUUUAUACAUUGCCAAAGCAACCCUGUUUUGCCUAUUAAAGUCUGGCUAAACUGUUCUGUUGUUGUUUCUUAAUUCAUUAAACAUGAAACUAGGUUUUAAAAGCUAAAUUAUAUAAACUUAGAAGUCUAAAAAUCAUACAAGAAAAUUCUUUUUUAAAAAAACUAAAAUGAUGUUAUUCAAGUAUCUAGCAAUUAAAGAACCAUGAGAAAAACAGAAUAGCAUAUUAGAUGUAACAGUUUAAAAUUGAUUGCAAAUCAAUGUCAAAUGUUUAAAUAGAAAAUAUUUAUUAUCACCUCAUUUCUACCAAUAAUUUCAAGUGUUUAAUGGUACUAUUUUAUUAGACUUCACUGUAAACUCAGUUUUCCAACAAAAGCCUUUGAAAAGGCAAGAAAAAGUAGAAAUGAAAAUUUCUCUCACCGUGAAUACUGUGAAUACCAUUUGGAGGGUCCCUGGUCAAACCUUUAAAUAUCAAACUGAAGAACUGAUGUGGAGCCUUUGAUUAUGUUUAGUUUAUAUACAGGAUCUCAAUAUUCAUACACAUAGCACACUAUAGCAACCUCUUGUAAAAAAUUUUGAAGAUAAUGCAAGUGUAUAUACUGUUAAAAAGUAAAUUGGCUGGGUUUGGUGGCUCAUGCAUGUAAUCCCAGCACUUUGGGAGGCUGAGGCAGGAGGAUCGCUUUAGCCCAGAAGUUUGAGACCAGUCUAGGUGACAAAGUGAGACCCUGUCUCUACAAAAAAAUUAAAAAAAUAGCCAGGUGUGGUGGUGUGUGCCUGUGGUCCUACCUACACAGGAAGUUGAAGCAGGAGGAUCGCUUGAGCCCAAGAGUUUGAGGCUGCAUUGAGCCAAGAUUGCACCAUUGCACUCCAGCCUGGGUGACAGAGUGAGACCCUGUCUCAUAAAGGAAUUUGACUUUGUAAAAAAAUGCCAUCUUCAACCUUUGUAUCAAAUCUCUUUAGGGAAUGUUAGAAUAUUAUUUUUGUCAGGCAAAAAUAAUCCAGGGCUUGAGCAUUGCUGUACAAUAUGUUAUCAGUUCAAAACUUAGCAGAGCAUGCAUUUAUCACAUGCAUGGUCAUCAAUAUUUGAGAGCUGGACCAGUGGUUUUUGAUGGAUGCUAUAACAGAAGAUCUAUGAUGGAUACGGUGGUUUGCACCUGUUCCUGAAGUCAGAAACUGGAAAAGUUUGCAGGUAUUUUAAUUUUCUCAAUCCUUUUGCAUAAAUAUAUUAAUAUUUUGAGUAAUAAUAGUUCUAAAACUGCAGGAAGGCAUCAUGGUAUACUGUGAUAUAUAGAGAAUACUACUUAUACACUGCUCUUUAUCUUAAAAGUUUUGGUGUAAUGUGAAUAUUUUCCUCAAAGUAUUUUGUGUAUUUUGACAGUUACUACAGGAGAAUAUAAAAUUAUAGAUUCUGAUCUAAACUAAGAAUAAUGGAAAGUUGCUUUGUUUGCCUUAGAGGAGUUUUCAGUUCAUCCUCUUCCUGAGAAACUAUGUGUUACUGUUACUAAAUAAACAUGUACUCAAUAAAUUAUUUCCUCAAA